ACACAACACACGACAUGAUUUGGACAAUCAUUUUACUUAUCCAGGCGGGCCUCCUCUAUUUUGUUCUAACACACAGGAAAAGAUACAAGACUGAUCCUCCACUGGAUAAAGGCGUUAUCCCGUGGCUGGGGCAUGCCUUUGAAUUUGGAAAAGAUGCUUUCAAGUUUCUUGGUCGAAUGAAGAUGAAACAUGGGGACAUCUUCACUGUGCGUGUGGCUGGGCGUUACGUCACCGUUCUCCUGGACCCUUUCUCCUAUGACUUGGUCCUAAAUGAUAAGAACUGCCUGGACUUCUCCCGAUACGCUGCACUGCUCAUGGACAGAAUCUUUCAGCUUCAGCUCCCACAUCACAUGCAAAAUAAAAGCAAAGCAAUAAUGAAACAGCACUUUCUCGGCAUGAAUUUGAGCAGCUUAAACACGUCUAUGGGCCGACACCUGCACAAUUUGGUGAAAGCUGAGCUCUCUUUGAACCAGAAAGACUGGACAGAAGAGGGACUGUUCAACUUUUCCUAUGGCCUGCUUUUUAAGGCUGGGUAUUUGACACUUUUUGGAGAUGAACAAAACAACAACAGCAUGGAUCUAUCAAAAAUCUAUAAAGAGUACAUGAAGUUUGAUGGUCUAUUGAUAAAGUUAGCAAGAGGCACACUCAAGCCAGAGGAGAAGAAAUUAGCACAGUGUGUCCGUCAGAAUUUGUGUGAGCUCCUGUCUCCAGUGGGAAUCAAGGAGGACUCGGGGCUGGGGUCCUGGGUCCACACCUACAGACUGCUGCUCCAGGAUGUGGGUGCAGACCGGGACACACAGAACAAGGCCUUACUCAUGCAGCUCUGGGCUUCUCAGGGUAAUGCUGGUCCAGCUGCAUUUUGGCUUUUGGGAUUUCUGCUGACCAAUCCUGACGCCAUGGCAGCCGUAAAGAAGGAAUUCAGUGGGAUUUCACAAACAUCAGACACAUGUUUACUCACUGUGAAAACUCCAGUAUUUGACAGUGCUCUUGAAGAGACUCUCCGACUCACUGCUGCCCCCUUCAUCACUAGAGAGGUAGUGCGUGAGAAAACCAUCCAUAUGGCAGACGGACAGGAGUACCUGCUCAGAAAAGGGGACAGAGUUUGUCUGUUUCCCCUCCUGAGUCCUCAGAUGGAUCCAGAAAUACACAGUGAGCCUCAGAAAUUCAAGCAUGAUCGUUUCCUGAAUCAAGAUGGAUCACCAAAGAUGGAUUUUUACAAAAGAGGUAGAAAGCUGAAAUAUUACACCAUGCCGUGGGGUGCAGGGACAAAUGGCUGUGUGGGGAAGCGGUUGGCUAUCAAUACCAUCAGACAAUUUGUUUACAUGGUGCUGACAAAGUGUGAUUUGGAGUUGUGCGACCCCAAUGCUCAGAUGCCUGAAGUUAACACAAGCCGUUAUGGAUUCGGGGUUUUACAGCCAGAGGGAGAGCUGUAUAUCCGAUAUAAGUUGAAACAAACAAUGAAGGAUAAUGAAUGAACAUAUUUAUACAUUUCAGUUUAUUGUUUAUUCAUAAUAUGUUAUACAUUUAUCUUUGUAUUUAUAUUUAUCUGUAAAUAAAUGUUAUUUUUUGU